AUGGUUUCCUUUAGAGCUGCACAGGAUCUGUUGAGCGAGUCCGGCACGUUUUCGUUCUCGCUAAAGACGGCAUUUCGCGUGCUUUUGAUCAUGCGUUGUGCUUCGGCAUUAUACAGCGUCAUCCAGGACUGCGAUGAAGUGUUCAAUUACUGGGAACCGACUCAUUAUCUCUUGCAGGGUUACGGUUUACAGACAUGGGAAUACGCGCCUCAGUUUGGUCUUCGAAGCUGGGCCUAUAUCCUUAUUCACGCAUUGAUCGGUUUCUUCACCAAAAUCUUUACAUCUACAAAGUUGCAAACAUUUUACCUUAUCCGCAUGGCACUUGCUGCUUUCUCGUCUUUUGCAGAAGCGAAAUUCUACCGCACCGUGGUGGAAGAAAUUAAUCCUCACGUAGGUCGCUACAUUUUGGUGACCCUGUUCUUCAGUGCCGGCAUGUUCAGUGCGGCUACAGCCCUUCUUCCUUCGUCGUUUGCCAUGAGCACUGUCUUUAUGGCUUUCUCUUACAUUUUGCGCCCUCCGUCUCACGUGGAUCGUAGUCGUACUUACUAUGCAGUUUUCUGGAUCGGUUUGGGCGCGUUGCUCGGAUGGCCUUUCAGUGCUAUACUGGGUCUCCCAUUUGCCAUUGAGGAAGUGGUGGUGUAUGGUCGUGACACCACGAUUGACAAGGAGGGUAAAGUGAUUCAGGUGAUCCGAUCCACUCACUGGCGGUUCAAACGAGCCUUCCGUUUAUUGGAAGCAAUCUUGGUGUGUGGCACUGGGAUUUCGCUUCCCAUCCUAUUUAUCGACCACUGGUUCUACAGAAACUGGAGUUUCACACCGCUGAACAUGGUGAUGUACAACCUGUUUGGUGGUGAAGCUCGAGGUCCUUCGCUUUACGGUACCGAGCCUUGGUACUUUUACAUUGUGAAUGGGUUCUUGAACUUCAAUAUCAUGUUCUUGUUGGCUUUGGGAUCGGUGUUUUGUGUGUUGAUUACGGCCUACAUUGAUCGACAGCGAGUACCUGGUGCGAGCCGCAUGGAUGCUGUGUGGCCAUAUAUCUUGCUUGGAUUAAAAUUGGUACCUUUCUACAUUUGGUUUACCAUUUUCACUUGCCAACCUCACAAGGAGGAACGGUUCUUGUACGUUGCGUACCCGUUGAUCACGCUCAAUGCUGCCAUUUCUUUGUACUUGAUCCGCAGUUGGGCCAGUCGCGUUGCUCGUGCUUUCGGUGCCAAUGUGAACGUGCGUGCGUAUGUUUUGCAAUACACUUCGUUGGCUUUCCUUGCUGUCUUUGCUCUGAUCUCUGUGUCGCGCAUCCUUGCCGUGGUGUUGCGGUACCGUGCACCUGUGAGUGUUUACGGUGCUCUUUGGCAAGACCGUGCACCGGAUCAGAUUGUCAACCUGAAUUAUCUUCAGGAGGACUUUCCUUACAAUGUAUCGCUCAAGGAAAAGAAUCUCUGUGUUGGCAAAGAGUGGUAUCGAUUCCCUAGCAGCUUCUUCCUUCCCAGUGAUGUUCGUCUUCAGUUUAUCCAAAGCGAUUUCAAUGGUCAGCUUCCCAAACCUUUCCAAGAAGAUUUGAUUGAGGUGACGUACGACCGUGCUGGGGGUAAAAAGGAGACUUGGCGCAAACGUCCUUUACGAUUCAAAGGUACCAGUGCCAAAGCGACCGGUUUCAAUGACCUGAAUGUUGCCGAUCCCUCGGUUUACGUGAGUACCUUUGCUCUUGGAAUGGUGAGUGUCGAUCAGUGUGACUAUUUGGUGGACACAGAUUUCCCUCUGAGAGCCACUACCCCCAAUGAACCUCGAUACGUGGACGACACCAAGACGUGGGAAAUUCUGGAUUGUCAGCCUUUCCUCGAUGCCGAAAACUCGAAGCGAUUGUCGCGCGCAUUCUGGGUGCCCGGUGCCAAGGGUCUCGCAUGGGGUGAAUACUGUCUUUUAAAGCGUCGACCGUAA